AUGCUAACAGAUCUUCCAUCAGAAAUUAUACUUACAGUUCUUCAAAAAUUGGAUAGAAAAACAAUAAAUAGGAUGUUAUUAUUGAAUAAAGAUAUUUACAAUUUUAUUAAACAUUAUUGUAAAAAAUUACCAAAAUUUUAUGUUGAUGAAGUUUAUAUAGUUAAUUUGAAGGAACUUCAUAUUGAAGAGAUGCAUUUUAAUAUUGAAGGUCGUCGUCAUUUAAUCAAUCUUAAUAAGAUGCCUGAAAUUGAAAAAUUAGCUGAUCAAAUUAUUGUUAGAGAUGCACUAUGUUAUUGUGGUAAUUGGGAUUUAAAUAUAUCUGAAAGUUUAUUAAAAACUUGCCCAAAUACACAGUCAAUAAGAAUUUUUUAUCAAACAGAAGUUAUUAAUUUAGAUGAGUUGACAAAACAUACAUCACAGUGGCAAAAAUCUGUUGCAUAUAUCUUAGUAAUUAAUCAUAAAUGUAAGGAGGAGGAUAUUCCUGAAGAACCAACAAAUUAUGCUAAAAAUUUAACUCUUAAUGAGCUUUCAAACUUUGGUUGCCCAUAUGCUGAGUGGGCAUUUGAUAGUACCUUAAUUAAAAAAAAUAAUUUAGAUGCUUUUUUACAAAGGAUAAUGGAUUUAGAUUUUCCAACAAAAUGUCAAAGUAUUGGAAAGUAUUAUUUAAGUAAUGUUCAAGUUUCAUUUGAAGAAUAUAAAGCUAUGUUAACGGAUUACUUCACAACAAAUAGUAAUUUUAUUUUUGUUGAAGAUUGUUUCAAUAAAUCUUGGAGGAGAACAUUUUUCGGGUUGAAGAAGAAGAAGAAGAAGAGAUUGAGAAAGAAAGUAAUGUUUAUGAAAAAUAUUUGUAACCAUUAUUACAUUGAGAGCAUGGAUGAACAAUUAACAAUUUUUGCUCUUAUGAAUGCUAUAAAAAUGGCUAAUGCUAAUGAUAAUGUUAAAAAUGAAGAUUUACCUCCAACACCAGAAAAAGAAUCAUCUCCAACUACAAAUCAUUGUUAUACUAAUUUGCAUAAUUUUGCUAAUAAUCAAAUUUUAGAAGCAGUUAAGGCACAAAUUAUGUUAAACUCUGUAUUUCCAAUGGAUCAAACAUUAUUUGCUAACUUUCUUGCUACAACAGCAGCACCAGCACUUCAAGAACAAAAUGGUAGUAAUCUUUUUGAAAAUCGUAAUAUAACACCAUUUAUAAAUCAUAAUAUUUUACCAACAUCAUUAAAUGGUAUACAAAAUCAAAAUAAUAUUAAUGAUAUGACAAAUUUAUUAAAAAGUUUAUGUAAUAAUGGUCAGGGAAUUGAAAGUGUCAAUGAUAAUGAUAAACUUCAAUUUAAUGAUUUUUUAAAUACAAAUAUUAAAGAUAAUUGUGGUGGAAGACUUGUCUCACCAUCAAUUAAAAAUAAAACAAAAAAUAUUAUGAAUGAUGCAGAAAAAGAAGAAAUUGAGGAAUUUGCACUUCAUUUUAAAAAUAGUAGAAUACGUUUUGGUUUUACACAAGGUGAUGUUGGUCAACAACUUGGUCAUCGUUAUGGAACAGAUUUCUCCCAAACUACAAUCUCAAGAUUUGAAGCUUUAAAUUUAUCUUUUAAAAAUAUGUGCAAGUUACGACCAUUAUUGGCGGAGUGGAUUGUUGUGACGGAUGAGAUGUUAAAAAGUGGUAAAACUGCUGAAGAAAUUAAUCAACAAAAAUUACAUUCAAAAUAUGGACAAAGGCAUACAACUAUGAGUGAAUCUCCUGUAAUGGAUUGUGAAAAUAAUAUUAUAAAUAGUGAUGAAUUACAUGGUAAAAGAAAAUCAUCUAUAGAUGAACAAGUUGUUGGUAAUCUUAAGAAAAGACGUAAACGUACAAACCUUGAUGCUACACAACGUGAUUUAUUAAAUCAACUUUUUGAAAGGGAUGAGCGUCCAGAUCACGAUGCAAUGGAUAAGAUAGCAAAUCAUUUAAAUUUAGAUAAAGAAGUCAUUCGUGUAUGGUUUUGUAACAGAAGGCAAAAAACAAGACGAAUUGUCGGCACAGUAUAA